AUGUCACUAUAUGAUUGGGUCAGACUGGCAGACAAGCAGCGGAUCAAGCACCGUAAAAAGGGCCCCAAGAAAUCUGAAGAGCAUAUUGAUGAGCAUGCGGAUGUGGACUCGGAGUUUGAGGACAACUAUGAUGUCAGUGAUGCAGAAUUGAAGGGUGCUGGAGCCAAUGAAGAAGAAGAAGAAUCUGAGGAUGAACUUUUGCUGACAAAGACAUCCAACCAGGAGCUUGAAGCUGAUAGUGCACCUAAGCCAAAGAAAUCUAGGUCAAAAUAUGUACAGUUCCAUGAGAAUCAUCCACAGUAUGAGACCCAUCAUGUGAAGCUGCUGGAUGAGUCUGAGGCAUAUGUUCCCAACUUCAUUGGUGGUUCACUCCCCAGAAGAGAUGCAGGCAACUGUGAACAAUAUUGCAUGACCAUGCUCACACUCUUCAAGCCUUGGCGCACUGGGCAGGAUCUGAGACCAAGCCAGGAUGUGCUCUGGGAUGAUGUGUUCAAUGGCCAUUCAUUCACAGAGCGGCAGCUGGAGGUCAUGAAAUUC